AUGACACCUGCACUAGAACUUCUCGAAACGCCCAUCCAGAGUCUGCCGACAAAGGCCCUCUCAUCCAUCCGCAAUGGACUCUCCCCUGCGGUAGGGGAUAGUCUGAGCCUGGAUACCCCAGAGAAGCAUGGGCGUAUAAUGAGCGUCUUUCGGGCAAUGAUCGCUGAUAUCUGCCAGCAAUAUGGUGAAGGUCAUGCUGGAUCUCCAAUGGGCAUGGCAGCCAUCGGUAUUGCCUUGUACAAAUACGUGAUGAGAUAUUCUCCAAAGAAUUGCGAUUACUUCAAUCGGGAUCGUUUGGUCCUUUCGAACGGCCAUGCUUGCCUAUGGCAAUAUACAUUCAUGCACCUCGUAGGGGUUAAAAGCAUGACUCUCGACCAACUCAAAUCAUACCAUUCAGCAAACACCGACUCACUCUGCCCGGGCCACCCGGAAAUCGAGAUUGAUGGCGUGGAAGUCACGACAGGGCCUCUGGGCCAGGGUCUCGCCAACGCCGUCGGUCUUGCCAUGGCCAGCAAGAAUCUUGCUGCGACAUAUAACAAGCCAGGUCAUGUGGUCAUGGAUAACAUGACUUGGUGUUUGGUCGGUGACGCUUGCCUUCAGGAAGGUGUUGGACUCGAGGCGCUUUCCCUUGCUGGUCACUGGAAGUUGAACAAUAUAUGUGUUAUUUUUGAUAAUAACUCUGUCACGUGUGAUGGAACGGCCGAUGUUGCUAAUACUGAGGAUAUCAACAUGAAGAUGCGAGCAACUGGCUUCAAUGUUGUGGACGUGUAUAAUGGAGAUACGGAUGUCGCCGCCGUUGCGAACGCUCUUCUCGCCGCUCGGUCGUCAGAGAAGCCCACAUUCCUCAACAUCCGCACUGUGAUUGGCUAUGGAGCCACGAAAGCUGGUACAGCUGAUGUGCACGGCGCCGCGCUCGGAGUUGAGGAAGUGGCUAACCUGAAGAGAUCGUUCGGUCUAGACCCUAACAAGCACUUCCAUAUCCCUCAAGAUGUCUAUGACUUCUUCGAUGAACUGCCUGGUCGUGGUGAGGCUCACGAGGCGAAAUGGCAAGCAGCUGUGGCAAAAUACCGUCUGGAAUACCCCGAUCUGGCUGAAGAAUUUGCACUCCGUGUUGCAGGGAAGAUGUCUACAGACUGGACUAGACUGAUUCCUCGUAAGGAGGAUAACCCUACCGCUUCUACUGCUUCCAGGAAGUCGGCUGGUGUGUUGACCAAUGCCCUUGCGGAGAACAUAAACUCGUUCAUGGUUGGUACGGCGGAUCUCACACCUUCGUGCAAUGUUGCCUACAAAAACAAGGUCGAUUUCCAGUCGCCUGCUCUCCGAACAUCUUGCGGUCUGGAUGGAGAUUACAGCGGUCGUUAUAUCCAUUACGGCAUCCGCGAACACGCCAUGUGCGCCAUCACAAACGGCCUUUCUGCCUUUAAUAAAGGUACCUUCAUCCCAAUGACGAGCACGUACUUCGUCUUCCAUCUAUACGCCGCGGCGGCAAUCCGCAUGGCCGCACUGCAAGGCUUACAACAAAUCCACAUCGCUACGCACGACAGCAUCGGCGUAGGCGAAAAUGGACCUACCCACCAACCCAUCGCCGUAGCAGCCUUAUGGCGCGCAAUGCCUAAUCUCCUUUAUAUCCGGCCCUGCGAUGCCGAAGAAGUGGCAGGCGCAUACAUUGCCGCUAUUCAAGCGACCGAAACUCCAACCGUUAUCUCCCUCUCGCGUCAGGGUCUGACUCAGUAUCCACAGUACUCCUCUCGCGAAGGGACAUUGAAGGGUGCUUAUGUCUUCGUGGAGACUGAAAGCGACGACUUCGACGUUACUCUAAUUGGAGUGGGCUCUGAGAUGGUCUAUGCCAUGCAAACUCGGGAUGUACUCCGGAAUGAAUAUGGUGUUCAUGCACGAGUUGUCUCGUUCCCAUCUACUCGGCUUUUUGAAAUGCAAUCUCGGGAAUAUAAGCAGUCGGUGCUGAAGCCCAGGGCUGGAAAACCUGCUGUUGUCAUUGAAGCGUACCCGUCUAAUGGGUGGGAACGAUAUGCUGAUGCGUCGGUUUCUAUGAAUUCGUUCGGGAAGAGUCUUCCUUCGAAGGAGACGUAUGAGCACUUUGGUUUUGAGGCUAAGAGUAUCGCAUUGAAAGUGAAGGGGCUUGUGGAGGAAGUUAGGCAAGAUGGAAUUGGGAUUUUGAGGGGUGACUUUAGGGAGUUCAAUGCGGGACUACGGAUUGGAUUGGAACAUUAA